AUGGCCGUCGGAUUCGUUGGCUUGGGUGCGAUGGGUGGUGGCAUGGCGGCCGCUCUGGUGAAGCGAGGCUUUGCUGUGAAGGGAUUCGAUGUGAGUGGCUUGAAAGGCUAUGAUGCGAUGGGCCUCAAGGGAUUUGAUCUUUGGAACCGCCCCACUCUUUGCCUUACUCAACUCCCCGUCCCCCCUCGCUCCUCUGCUUUCCUUGUUCUUGUUUGGCCCACGCUCUCACCACAGGUGUACCCCCCGGCAUGCGAGAAGCUCAAAUCUGCAGGUGGUGCUGCUGCCGCCUCCGCAGCCGAUGCUGCUAAGGGAGCCGUGGUGCUGGUGCUGAUGGUGACCACGGCCAAGCAGGCCGAGGGGGCUCUGUUCGGCAAUGAGGGAGCACUGCAGGCUCUCCCUCCCGGUGCCGUCGUCAUUCUCUGCUCCACUGUUCCGCCUGAAUUUGCACGCAGCCUUGGCACCAAGCUCUCAGCACAGGGCAAGGGGUGGGAGAUGGUGGAUGCGCCGGUGUCAGGAGGGGUGGCACGUGCUGCAGACGGCACCCUCACUAUUAUGGCCGCAGCGACACCUGCUGCUCUCGCCAAGGCACGCCCAGUGCUGGAAGCCAUGAGUGCAAAGCUGUACAUCGUGGGAGACACACCGGGCGCAGGCAGCGCGGUGAAGAUGGUGAAUCAGCUGCUGGCAGGGGUGCACAUAGCGGCAGCAGCGGAGGCGAUGGCACUGGGGGCGAGGGCAGGGCUGAACGCGCGCAUGGUGUUUGAUAUCAUCUCACACGCCGCUGGCAACUCAUGGAUGUUUGAGAACCGAGUGCCGCACAUGCUGGACAACGACUACACGCCUCGCUCCGCCCUCAACAUCUUUGUCAAGGACCUGGGCAUUGUGUUGGGUGAGGCACAGUCGCUCGCGUUCCCUCUGCCCCUGGCAGCAGCAGCACACCAGCAGUUCCUGGCGGGUGCAGCAGCAGGGCUGGGCAGGGAGGACGAUGCUGCCGUGGUCAAGGUCUAUGAGCGCCUGGCAGGAGUAACAGUCGCCUCCGCCCUCCCCUCCACCUCAUCUCCCCCUUCCACCUCCUCCUCUGCUCCGUUCCCGGAGCCCACCGUCCAAUCAAAAGCCGCCAUGCUGGCAGCGCUGCCGCCCGAGUGGACGGGCAGCUUGGAAGUGACAAGGGGGGGCGCAGAGGGCAAGGAGGGAGGACAGGGAGAGGCGGUUCUGCCAGUGGUGGUGGUGUUGGAUGAUGACCCCACUGGCACUCAAACGGUGCAUGGGCUGCAUGUGCUCACCACGUGGGACGUGGAAACACUCAAGGCGGAAAUGGCAGCACUGGCGCACACCCCCAAUGCCGCCUUCUUCAUUCUCACCAACUCCCGCGCACUGCCCACGCAGCAGGCAGCAGCUCUCACGCGCACCAUCUGCAGCAAUGUCGUGACAGCAGCCCAGCAAGCAGGGAUCCUCAGCAGCAGCAGUGGUGGCAAGGAUCCGGGUUGCAGGGGCAUCACACUCAUUCUCCGAGGGGACUCCACCCUGCGAGGUCACUUCCCCCAGGAGGUAGAGGCAGCGGAGGCAGCGCUAGGCACAGCAGUGGAUGCGUGGGUGGUGUGUCCUUUCUUCCUGGAGGGGGGCCGCUACACCAUCAAUGACGUGCACUAUGUGGCCGAUGGGAGCGACAGGCUGGUGCCGGCAGCACAGACAGAGUUUGCCAAGGAUGCUGCCUUUGGCUACUCCCGCUCCAACCUCAAACAGUGGGUCGAGGAGAAGACAGGUGGCGCCAGGUCAGCAGCUGAUGUGGCAUCCAUCUCCAUCGAGACCAUUAGAGGGGGCGGCCCUUCCGCCGUCCUUAAAGCCCUCAUGGCGCUACCUAAGGGCAGUGUGUGCAUCUUGAAUGCAGCGAGUGACAGUGACUUGCACGUGGCUACAGCAGCUCUCCGCCAUGCAGAGGCAGCAGGGCGCUCCUUCCUCGUGCGCUCUGCCGCUUCCUUCGUCUCCUCCCUCCUCUCCCUCCCCAAACUGCCCCCGCUUGGUCCCCCUGAGUGGGCGCAGCUGCUGCUGGGCGGAGGGGCGGAUGGGGAUUGUGGGGGGGAGGGGGAGUGGGGGCGGAAGUUGAAGCGGUGGGGAUGGUUGCGGAGCGGUGUGGGGGGGUUGAUUGUGGUGGGGUCGUAUGUGCCGAAGACGAGUGCUCAGAUCAGUGCUGCUGACGUGGCGUCUGACAGCUGGCAGGGGGAGAGGAGGGAAGCGGCGGUGGCAGGGAUGGCAGGGGAGGCGGAGAGAGCUCUACGGGAAGGCAGUGACGUUGUCAUCAUGACGUCACGCGAGCUCAUCACUGGCUCAGACGCGGCCAGCAGUCUGGAGAUCGGGUCGAGAGUGAGCGAAGCUGUGGUUGACGUUGUAAAGGCGAUCAGCGUGCGCCCCAAGUACAUUCUUGCUAAGGGCGGCAUCACAUCAUCGGACGUGGCGACCAAGGCGCUGGGCGUGAGGAGGGCGAGGGUGGAGGGGCAGGCCAUGGCAGGCGUGCCGCUGUGGCGCCUUGAUGGUGCCUCCACCUUCCAUGACCUGCCCUACAUCGUCUUCCCAGGCAACGUGGGGUCAUCCUCCUCUCUUGCCGACGUGGUACAGCGCUGGCGCCAGCCCAUCACCCCGCCGCUGCUGACCAUGCUAGACCUAGUGCGCGCAGCAGCAGAGGGCGGGUAUGCAGUGGGGGCAUUCAACGUGUAUAACCUGGAAGGGGUGCGGGCCGUGGUGAAGGGAGCAGAAGAAGAGAGGAGUCCGGCCAUUAUCCAGCUGCAUCCCUCGGCCAUCUGUCACGGGGGAGAGCCUCUCAUGGCAGCGUGCAAAUCAGCGGCCAUGGCUGCACGCGUGCCCAUCGCCCUGCACCUCGACCAUGCCACGGACGUGGGCCUUAUUCAGCGAUGUGUGGAGCAGGGGUGGUGCCGGUCCAUCAUGGCAGACGGCUCUCACCUGCCCCUGGCUGACAACAUCGCCUUCACUCAACGCGUUGUGGCUGCCCUCGCUGCCCUCACCACUCCAGCAGCCGUAGAUGCACCGGGGCCGCCGAGAGCAGUGGGCGGUGGGGGAGGGGCGGUGGUGGUGGAGGCGGAGGUGAGAUACGGUGAGGCAGUGGUGGAGGCAGAGGUGGGGCGGAUAGCGGGGGUGGAGGAUGGGGAGACUGUGGAGGAGAUUGCUGGCAGGCUCACACAGGUUGAGCAGGUGAGGUGCGCCCCAUUCUCCCUCUUUCCUUUCACACUCAACCCAAAUCUUCCCGUUGCUCCCUCCUUUGCCCAUGCAGGCCGAGACCUCCCUUGA